CACACACACACUUCAGCCGUCAGCUUAGCUACCUCCUCCGAUCCGCAUUUCCCACCUCGUUGCCGACCGCCGGCCGCGCGCGAGGCAGGAGAGAUAUCGCCGCGGGGGAGACGCGCGGCACCAGCUACGUACCAGUUACCACCACGGCGUCACCGGCGGGCGGGGUAGCGGGCGUGGUCCUUGUUUGAUCGUGGAGAUUUAUAGCUAGGCCUGGGCGUCAUCGUCGUCGUCGUGGAGGUCGUUUCCUUUGUGACGUCCGUGUCUUCGUCGUCGCCGUCGUCGCCGUCCCCGUCGACGGAGAAGUGCGAGCUGCCGCUGCGCGUCCGCACCGGAGGGUUCAUCAACGAAGGUUAAGCUAAAGCUACCCCUCAAGUUUCCCCCUUGAUAAAAAACGAAGUCUCCACAAGGGUUACGAUAACAACAAACGAAAGGACAAGACAAUGGCUCCAACUGAUAUCGAUUCGAAAAGGAUGUCCGACACCACUGAAGAUGGAUCAAUGGACAGACGAGGGAACCCAGCAGUUAAAGCAAACACUGGGAAAUGGAGAUCUUCCAUCCUCUUGCUAGUCAACUAUGGGCUUGUGACAUGCGCCUUCUUCGGCGUCGGGGUGAACCUUGUGGUGUUCCUACGGCGGGUGCUCCACCAGGACAACGCAGAGGCAGCCAACAGCAUCAGCAAAUGGACCGGCACGGUCUACAUCUUCUCGCUCAUCGGCGCCUUCAUGAGCGACUCCUACUGGGGCCGAUACAUCACGUGCGCAAUCUUCCAGAUGAUCUAUGUCACGGGCCUGGUGAUACUCUCGCUCGCGUCGUGGUUCUUGCUGGUCAAGCCCUCCGGCCGCUGCGGCGCCGCGGGGGAGCACUGCGACGCGCCGUCGACGGCCGGCGUCGCCGUAUUCUACCUGUCGACCUACAUGAUCGCCUUCGGCAACGGAGGGUACCAGCCAUCCAUCGCCACGUUCGGCUCGGACCAGUUCGACGAGACGGACCCCAACGAGGCGCGCUCCAAGGUGGCCUUCUUCAGCUACUUCUACCUGGCGCUCAACGUCGGGUCGCUCUUCUCCAACACGGUGCUGGUGUACUACGAGGACGAGGGUAAAUGGGUCAUGGGGUUCUGGGUCUCGGCCGCCGCGGCGGCCAUGGCGCUCGUGCUCUUCCUGCUUGGCACGCCCAGCUAUCGGCACUUCAAGCCGACCGGCAACCCGCUGACCCGCAUCGCGCAAGUGUUCGUCGCCGCGUUCCGCAAGUGGCGCACCGACGUGCCACGCAGCGAGCUGCUCCACGAGGUGGACGGCGACGAGUCCCGGAUUGCUGGCAUCCGAAAGAUCCUUCAUAGCGACCAGAUAAGGUUCCUUGACAAGGCGGCGACGGUCACCGAGGAGGACUACUGCACGCCGGAGAACAUGCAGAACCCGUGGAGGCUCUGCACGGUGACGCAGGUGGAGGAAGUGAAGUGCAUCCUGAAGAUGCUGCCGAUCUGGCUGUGCACGAUCGUCUACUCUGUGGUGUUCACCCAGAUGGCGUCGCUGUUCGUGGAGCAGGGGACCACCAUGAACACCAACAUCGGGUCGUUCCACGUGCCCGCGGCGAGCAUGUCGGUGUUCGACAUCCUCAGCGUGCUGGCGUUCAUCGCCAUCUACCGGCGCGUGCUCGUGCCGGUCAUGUCUCGCCUGUCGGGCAACCCGCAGGGGCUGACCGAGCUGCAGCGGAUGGGCGUGGGCCUCGUCGUUGGCAUGGCGGCCAUGGUGGUCGCCGGCGUUGUCGAGGUGGAGCGGCUGAAGCGGGUGGUCGCGCCGGACCAGCCGAGCUCCCUGAGCGUGCUGUGGCAAGUGCCGCAGUACGCGCUGAUCGGGGCGUCGGAGGUGUUCAUGUACGUGGGGCAGCUGGAGUUCUUCAACGGGCAGGCGCCCGACGGCGUGAAGAGCUUCGGCAGCUCGCUGUGCAUGGCGUCCAUCUCGCUGGGCAACUACGUGAGCAUCAUGCUGGUGAGCGUGGUCACCAGCCUCACCGCCGGCGACAGACGCCCCGGGUGGAUCCCCGGGAACCUCAACUCCGGCCACCUCGACCGGUUCUACUUCCUCCUCGCCGCGCUCUCGCUGGUCGACCUCGCCGUGUACGUCGCGUGCGCGGUGUGGUACAAGGGCAUCAAGCUCGACAGCAACGAGGAGAAGGCGAACAAGAUCACCGUGGUGCACGUCUAGGCCUCGGGCCAGGCCUUAGACCCCUGUGUAGAUACCGAUACGUAUCAACUGGGCUGGCAACUAGGCUUGCCGUAGUAAUAACGACGCGUGACAGGAUUAUUAGCAUGUUAUAAUUACCCUGUCAUUCGAUUGUUGGAUCAUGGACGGGUCCAUGUUACUUCUGAUCUGUCACGAGAAAAUUCAUGGAGGGCCCAUGUUUGAACAA